UGCAAAUCAGUGGGGAGGGUACACAAACUGGAUUUUGGGGAUAGGUCCGCGCUGUUAAAUAUUGGGCUGAAACUCGGCGAAUUGUUCGAACUAUUCUCGGGAUAACCGGCCCUUAGUUUAAAGUGGUUGAAAAACAAAUCUCGCGGUUAAUUUCAAGGAUCAAGUUUCUUGGCAAUACGUGGCAGACUGAGUGUGAUCCCCACCUGAAGACAGGAAGAGAAUAAGGCAGCGCCUCGCAGAAGCUGCGCUGGGCACUGUACUGAGUCAGGGGCUGCCUCCCGCUUCUCUGAAAACAGAACCUUAACCAGGGACUGUUUCCUUUCUGUUCGACCUCCUGAACCGCCAACUGGGUUACAAACGACACCGAAGUCAUAAGAAACCAGGAGAUUGAAACAAGCGAAUUGUGUCACUUCGCGAUCAAUAGAGAAACACAAGGGCAGUCGAUUUAGCUAGUGUUUCGGCAAAUAAAGCAUUUCCAUGAAAGUAACUUUCUUGUCAGGAGAUAACUUCGAUCUUCGCUGGGCCAAAAGAAAGGUAACAUUCUGAAAGUGCCUUAAAGUUUGGGCCGAGUGCAGUCGACAGUAUUAGUUGGAGUGAAAUGGAUACGCAAAAGUCAAUUUUGCAUAUGUUUGUGACGAGUUUUCACUGGUGAUCAACAUUUCCAUUUUCUGAUGGGAACGCACAGAAGUUUGUGUUUGGUAAGGGAGUGAGCAAAGGUGUUACCCGGAUCCGGAUGCAGGAAGCUUAUCAAUUUUUAUUUGCUGGCACAGGGAUUGUUCCUCAUGCUAACCAAGUCAUGCUCCAGAAUUCCAUUGCAUUAACAGAGACCCGUAAACCUUGAGCGGAUUCUGCAAGUUGAACAUCAAAAGGACCCUGGCUUCCCUAAAAUAAAGGAACUCUGUACAGGCUGUUAAAGCAGGGACAAGUCGAACAAUUAAUUAUAUGGAACAAUGGAUAAAACAAUGUUAUCACCCUGGGAAUCAGUCCAGUGACUCUUUAUUGGUCUCUCUCCAAGACUGGAGAAUGAAGCAGCAUCUUUUCAUGAAGACAAAAGGCAUUUUGAUCAAAUCUAGGUGUUGACGUAUAUAUCUUUACUGUUUGGCUGGAUACUUCAGCAUUUCCACAGUAUGGAAGAAGACUGGGAUCUGAAAUGUAAUUCAGAGGUGACAAAUAAAGCAGUAUUACUACUAAAUGGUUCCUGUGGAUCUAGAAGUACUGGGCAAGUGCAAGAACUUUUCCAUGAAGCUGCACAGGUAUCCCAGUCCCAUGCUAAGCCCUGGUGGAAAGUUAAGAUUUUUGUUUGGGAACCAGUGCUAUUUGGAACAUGGGAUGGAGUAUUCACAACUUGUAUGAUCAACAUCUUUGGAGUGGUUCUCUUCCUGCGGACCGGGUGGCUUGUGGGAAAUACAGGUGUUCUACUGGGAAUGUUUAUGGUGACCCUGGUUGUCUUGGUUGCUCUGGUGACAGUUUUAUCUGGAAUUGGCGUGUGGGAGAGGUGCAGUCUUGGAAAUGGUGGAGUAUAUUCUAUGCUUUCUACAGUUCUGGGAGGUCGAGUAGGAGGAACUUUUGGAUUUCUCUACGUAUUUGGACAGUGUGUUGCAGGUGCUAUGUUUAUCACUGGCUUUGCUGAAUCCAUUGCUGACUUGUUGAACCUCAGUAACAUCUGGGCAGUCCGGGGAAUUUCACUUGCUGUGCUGUUGGGAUUACUGGGAAUUAACCUAGCAGGAGUCAAAUGGAUCAUUCGGUUUCAGCUGUUGCUAUUGGCCUUGCUGGCUAUUUCUACAAUGGAUUUUGUUAUUGGCACUUUCGCACACCUGGACCCUGACUUUGGAUUUGUGGGAUACACUGAAGAACAACUUGGGAACAAUACAUUCCCAGACUACAGCCCAGAAGAAAAUUUCUUCACAGUUUUUGGUGUCUUUUUUCCUACUGCUACUGGUGUAAUGGCAGGAUUUAACAUGAGUGGAGACCUCCAGAAACCUGCAUCCAAUAUCCCUCUAGGGUCACUUGCGGCUGUAGGCGUCUCUUGGUUCCUGUAUUUAGUGUUUGUUUUUUUGCUGGGAGCUGUUUGUACAAGGGAGGCACUCAGAUAUGAUUUCAUGAUAGCUGAAAAGGUUGCCUUGGUGGGAUUCCUCUGGUUAUUAGGUCUGUACAUUUCAUCUUUAGCUUCCUGCAUGGGAGGCCUUUAUGGUGCACCCAGAAUCCUUCAGUGCAUUGCACAAGAAAGGGUGGUACCCGCCCUUGCCUGUCUGGGAAGUGGGAAAGGGCCAAACAAAACCCCGGUGGCUGCAAUAUGUCUUGUGGGACUUGUGACUUUGGCAUUUACCCUCAUUGGGCAAGUGAAUGUUCUUGCCCCAAUAGUCAGCAUCAACUUUAUGCUGACUUACAGUGUGGUAGAUUACUCUUAUUUCUCAGUUUGUAUGAGUUAUGAUAUUCAGCAAAAAGGGAAAAACAGGAAUAAAGAAAAUGCUAGAACUUAUAAAUCAUCACAGAGGCUGAAUUUAGAUGGCCCACUCAAAAAUGGGACUGGUGGCCCAAUUAAAUGCAGCAUGAAUGGCUCUUUGCUUGAGUUCAACAAGGACAUGAAUCAGAUCUUUCAAACAGUGCCUCAUGAUAGGGAAGAAGAGGUGCAAAAAAAUUGGAAAAAUGAAAAAAAUGUGAAUCGGUCUGUCCAACUGAAAAAAGUGAGAAAACCUGCAAAACAGACAUUGCAGGAUAGUUUUAUGUUGAACCUUGACAACUCAAAUAGAACAAUUAAAGAGGACCACAGCCAGGUCUCAGGGACUGAGCCUGUAGGAGAACUAUCAGAACAGGAUAUAGGAGACCAUCAGCAUCUGGAAAAUUAUUUUGUACCUCAAUCUGUGGAAGCCCACGACAAUGCUGACUACAAAAUAAUUGAACCUACAGAACACUGUUAUACAGACACGGAUGAUUCAACAGAAGCAAGAGGAUAUGGUUCCAUUGAAAGGCAAAAGUCUCAGGAAGCAGAGAUUUACACAAUGCCAAGAUCAUUUUAUUCCAGACUCUGCAAUCGCUGGUUGUCAUUCAUUGGUGCACUAGUGUCCAUUGUAAUCAUGUUUGUGAUCCACUGGAUUUAUGCCUUAAUUAAUAUUGCUGUGGCAUUUUUCAUCUACACUUACAUUGGACAAAUGAGCCCAGGACUUCCUCUUGGCCUUGCUAAUAACUUCAACUUUUUUAGUUGGAUUCAGACUGUCUUCAGUGAGGCAAGGAGGAAAGGAUCACCGCAUAAAAAACAGAUUAUAGUGACACCCUCAUUUACAACAGUUGGCAUGGCAACAACCCAACUAACUGAAGAGAAUGCUGACUUUGCCUCACGAGACCGCUACCAUCAUUCCUCAGUUAUUAGUGGAGAAGUUCUCAAUCGUCAUUUGAGCUGAAUAUCAACUUUCAGCUGAUUUUGUACCUUUGUAACACACCGUCUUUGAUUGGUAGGUCUUGAAGGCUGUUAAAAUUCUAUUGUUAAACUUAACUGAAAGUUCGUAUGAAUUAAAAAAUAUGGAAGUAUGUUUUCUUUCAAGCAACUUGAGUAAGAAUAGAAUAAAAUAUUAGGAUAGCUACAACUUUAUUACAGAGGAAAGCAGCUAUUUUACAUGUAAAUCUUUAACAACUGUAAAUAUAUGGAUGGUUUUAUGUGAUAUUUUAUUAUGGGGAUUUCCUUAAAAAAUAUAUAUAUAUUAUCAUGACUUAAUUAAGGCUUUUGCCAAUAUAUUUAGAAUAACUUGAACAGAAACACCAUGACAUAUUUUUCUACCAUCUUUGCCAACUAUGCUACUAGUAAAAGUUGACAUACUGCUAAACUGGAUGCAUUACAUUAAUUUUGUCAGGAUUGCUGGCCACUCCUGAUUUUUUGGGUUAAAAUUUAAGAGUCAAAACAAAGCAGAUCUUCAGUGUCAAGUUUUUAUUUUAACAAAAAUGUUCAAAUUCAUAUUGUGGACAGGGUUCAAGCAACAUGUAUUCAUGGCAAUUUGGGUGCAGGGAACCCUUCUUAUUGAUAAAAUGUCCUUCUGCCUAUAUGUGGCUCCAAGGCUGAUUCUUUUCUUUCCUAAUCUAAAGGUGUAAGAAUAUCUUAUGCCACAGAAAAAAAAAAACAUUCAAAUAACUUUUAUAUGGAACUAGAGACCAGGUGAAGUUCAGCAAUAAAUUCUAAUAUGCACCAGUUGGAGAACUUCCUUUACUUUAUUAAACUUUGAAAAUAAUAAUAGAUAUGCUGUAGGAAGAAUGUUCUGGAAGUGUAUCGACUUGGUACGACACUUGUCUGAUGCUUUGAGCAGAGUGCAAAAGAAUGAAUAAAUUCUAGAUCUUUUAAUAAUAUUUACUUCUGCAGUGUACAGUACGUUUCAGAAUUGCUAAGAUAAUGUUAAUGCUGGAUGUUAUGUUUCUAAAUUUCUUUUCACUUUAUUAUGUUAGUAAUACAGGGAAAGUCCACAUUAACUGAAAAGAAGUGAAUAUGAAUGUAAGAAGUUUUGCAUCACUUUUAAAUGCAAUAUUUACAUUACCUAGUAACUGAAAUUCUCUGGAAAAUAAUAAAGAGGAGCAAUAUUAUGAAAA